CGAUCGAACGGGCUACUACUAUCGGAGUCAGACCAGCGUCGGAGCUUUCUCAAACGGGACAAGCAAAAUCUUGAUAUCAACGCUUGCCAGGAUAUCAUUGAUGAUUACAUAAAGUCUAAGGAAGAUGGUAUUCUCUAUAAGCAGUAUGACGAGAAGCCAGCGGCCUCUACUAAGGACGAUAGGAAGGGAGCUCUCGAGGUUACUCGGGAAAUGAUAAGCCGACCGGAGGAAGAGGAGAAGUCCGUAUUGGUGCCCGUUAAGGAGCGACGGAAGAGCGAUGAUUGGGACUGUGAGUCUGUCCUCAGUACUCUCACGAACAACACUAACCACCCCGGGAAGAUCAAUCGGCCGACCCGCAUCCGUAAACCGGCGAUGAUCCCGGCGCCGGCGUUGGCUACUGUAGAGGAGUAUGAAGAAGACGAGGAGCUCUCUGAAGAUGAUGAGGAAGAGCUCGUUGAGGUGUCCACAUAUCGUCCACGUGAUGAGACUCCUGAGGAGAAGCGGGCUCGUAAAGCUGCUGUUAAGCAGUUGCAACGCGAGGCGAGGAAGGCUAAGAAAGAAACUAAGGCUACCUUCAAGCUUGAGAAGCUGAGCUGCCAACGUAGAGGUAACGCUGCAGACAUCCGUGAUGGCGUCGCGAGGGUGAAGCUUUGAUCGUCUGUACAAUUUCUAUGUUUACUACGAAUCUCUACUGAACCUUUCCUAACGUUUCUUCG